AUGCCUCAACUGUCUCAAGAAGAGAUCGCCAAGUACUGGGAGAUUUUCUCGCAGCAGCAGCCGGCGAACGGGCUGUUGUCUGGCGACAAGAUGUUUGCAGUGCUGAAGAACUCGCAAUUAGAAGACGCCAAGCUAGAGAAGGUCUGGGACCUUGCCGACAUCGACGGCGACGGCAACAUGGAUUUCGAGGAGUUUUGUAUCGCCAUGCGACUUGUUUUUGACCUGAUUAACAGCACAGUAUCGUCUGUGCCCAGUGAGCUUCCCGAAUGGCUUAUUCCGGCCUCCAAGCGCCAUCUUGUCACGGCGAAACAGGCGCUGUCGGGGAGUCUCCCCACGGGAGGCUCUUCAAGCGACGACUAUGACGAGGACAUGAGGCUGAGUUCCAACUUCAAUUGGUACAUCAGUCCUCAGGAUCGCCGCAGCUACGAGGAUGUGUACUCCGCUAACGCCGAUCCUCUAGGGUACAUUGCCUUUUCAUCUCUCAACGAGCUGUACCCCACGCUAGACAUUCCUACUACGGAUAUUUCGUCUGCAUGGAACCUUGUGAAUCCCAGCAGCAACGAAAAGAUCGACAAGGAGCAGUGUAUGGUGUUUUUGCACAUGCUGAACCAGCGCUCGAAUGGCGUUCGCAUCCCCCGGUCGGUUCCUGCUUCGCUGAGAGCGACAUUCGGCAAGCAGACCCCGAGCUACGACGUUAACAGCAGCCAGGCCGAGAUCCGCUCCUCCAGCACCGAAAAGAAGGGCGGGUUCGCGGACAAUUACCUGUCCAGGCUGGGACUGGGGGGGCGGUCUCAGGGCUACCAAAGUCAGGGCACUGAUUUCAGUGCGACAAAAGACACCGACUGGGAAGAGGUGCGGCUGCAAAGAGAACUUGCUGAUUUGACCAAGAUCAUCGAGGAUCUUGAGCACAAGCAGGCCGAGCGGGAGCAGUCCAAGUCCAACGGAGGGUCGUCUUCCCUGGUGCGCCGAGAGCUGCAGCUUUUGCUCGAGUACAAGGAAAAGCAGCUGAUGGACCGCAAGAAGGGCACCUCACAGAACGGCAGUGCCGGCGAUCUGCGACGGACCCAGGAGGAAAUAGAUCUUAUUGCUGAGCAGGUAGACUCGCUCAAGGAGCAUCUGCGCAGUCGCCAAAAACAGCUGGAGGAGCUCAAGGCCGAAAUCUCUGGACUGGCUUAG